GUCAGACCCUGUGAUCGCUCAAUCAUCUCUUUCUGAGACAACUAAAGCUUGCAUUCUGGUUUCUGUUUGUCUGAUAAUUCAAUUCUUUCCGGAAGUAAUUUUGAGAUCAUUUGUUCAGAAUGUUCAAGAACAGUGGCUUCAUUUUAGUUUGCUUGCACAUUUAUGCGUUUUAAACGGCUGUGGAUUAGGAUUUAGAGUAUAAUCCCUCAAUUUUCUAAACAAACAAAUCUACCUUUCGGUUUAACAUGCCUAAUCUCGAAAAUGAUCCCAUUUUGCAAGUGGAAACAACAUGUGGAUCUCUUUUAUAUGAACUUCAGAUUAUAUGGGAUGAAGUUGGGGAGUCAGAUCCUGAAAGGGACAAAAUGCUGCUUGAGCUUGAACAAGAAUGUCUGGAGGUAUAUAGAAGAAAGGUAGAUCAGGCAAACAAGAAUAGAGCUCAGAUAAGGCAGACAAUUGCCGAAAUUGAAGCAGAGCUAGCAGCCAUCUGUUCUGCAAUGGGAGAGAGACCGGUACAUAUUAGGCAGUCUGAUCAAAACCUUGGAAGCUUAAAGGGAGAACUUAGAGCCAUACUUCCUCAAGUAGAGGAGAUGCGGAAGAGAAAAUGUGACAGAAGCAAUCAAUUCAUUGAAGUUUUAGAGCAAAUACAUCAGAUAAGAAGCGAGAUUUACAGAUCCACUGCAUAUACUCCUUCCAACACUGUUGUGGAUGAAACUGAUUUGUCUUUAAAAAAGCUAGAAGAAUUGCACAGAGAGCUGCAGGCACUUCAAAAGGAAAAGAGUGACCGCCUGACGCAGGUUUUGGACCACCUGAAUACACUGAACUCGCUGUGUUUGGUGCUUGGUGUGGAUUUCCAGCAAACAGUUAAUGAGGUUCAUUCUAGUUUGAGCAAGUCUGAAGGGACAAAGAACAUAUGUAAUGAUACUAUUGAGCAGUUGGCAGCCACAAUACAAAGGCUGCAGGAGGUCAAAAUACAGAGAAUGCAGCAGCUUCAAGAUCUUGCAACUUCCAUGUUGGAGCUAUGGAAUUUGAUGGAUACACCAGUUGCAGAGCAACAGAUGUUCCAGAAGGUUACCUGUAACAUAGUUGCUUCAGAACAUGAGAUUACAGAACCCAACAUGCUUUCCAUCAACUUCAUUAAUUAUGUUGAAGCAGAAGUGUCUCGGUUGGAAGAGUUGAAAGCAAGAAAAAUGAAAGAAAUUGUCUUGAAAAAGAUGUCAGAGCUGGAGGAGAUUUGUAGGAAGACACACAUGAUACCAGAACCCGAGGAUUCAAUGGAAUUUGCUAUUGAAGCUAUUGAAUCUGCUGUGGACCCCUCCAGUAUUCUUGAGCAAAUUGAACUUCGAAUUGCUAAAGUUAAAGAGGAAGCUUUUAGCAGGAAAGAGAUACUUGAAAAAGUUGAGAAGUGGAUGGUCGCAUGCGAGGAAGAGUGCUGGCUUGAGGAGUAUUGCAGGGAUGAAAACCGAUAUAAUGCCGGAAGGGGUGCUCAUCUUACACUGAAGCGUGCUGAGAAAGCUCGUACUUUGGUUAAUAAGCUUCCAGGUACAGUGCAUCACACUUAG